CAAAGAGCAGAGAGAGAGAGGGAGAUGCACUUCUGACCAUCAAAUGCACAAUAAAGCAGAUGAACACCGGCCGCACCGAGUGAGCGACACGCAGGGCCAGAGAUCAUUCCCUCCCAGUUGAAGCGAAGCGAGCUGUACUUUCUCUUCUCUUAAGGCGCCUUUUGACACUUUUGGACAGUUUUUAAACUUUUUUCUCUACCGACGAGCAGCCAUGGGUUCCUUCGUGUGGGGCGCCAUCACUAAUUUCUUCACCUAUGAGACCACCAAGUCUGUGGUGGUCAAGAGUUGGUCCGUGGGCAUCAUCAACCGGAUCGUACAGCUGCUCAUCAUUUCAUAUUUUGUCGGCUGGGUCUUCAUCCACGAGAAAGCGUACCAGGCAGAGGACACCGGCAUCGAGUCCUCUGUGAUGACCAAAGUGAAAGGCUUCGGUUACCAUAACGGCCGAGUGAUGGAUGUUGCCGACUACGUCUUCCCCCAACAGGGCGCAGGGAUCUUCUGCAUCAUGACCAAAGUCAUCGUCACAAAAAAUCAGUUUCAAGGAUAUUGUUCAGAGGUGGGAGGAAUGUUUAAAUGUACCAAAGACGAAGACUGCCAGAAGCACAUGGGCACCAUCCUCUCCAAUGGGGUGAUAACAGGCGUUUGCCUCAACUCCUCCAAUGAAACCAAGGCCUUCUGCGAGAGUUUCGGAUGGUGUCCAGCCGAGAACGACAGAGUUAGGGUCAAACCGAUGCUGGAUGUGAGCAACUUCACCAUCUUCAUCAAAAACAGCGUUCGCUUUCCAAAGUUUGAUGUCACCAGAGGGAACUUUAUCUCCACAAUGACGUCCGAUGAUAUCAAGAAUUGUACUUACCAUCCAGAGACGAACCCCUACUGCCCCAUCUUUCGCGUGAAUGACGUGCUGAGUUACACUAAUCAGAGCGUUCGGGACCUCGCAGACAAGGGUGGAGAAAUAGGAAUAAAUAUUGAGUGGAAGUGUAACUUUGAUUGGGACAUUGAAUAUUGUCUACCCAAGUACAAAUUCACGCGGCUGGAUGCGCCGUUUGCCAAGAACGCCAUCUCCAGCGGCUACAACUUCAGAUUUGCCAAAUAUUUCCUGACGGAGAAUGGGACUGAAUUCCGGACGCUUCACAAAGCAUAUGCCAUCCGCUUUGAUGUCAUGGUCACCGGCAAAGGAGGAAAGUUUGACAUAAUCCCAACACUCAUCAACUUGGUAGCUGCCUUCACCUCCGUUGGACUGGGUACGGUCCUUUGCGACAUUAUCCUGCUUAACUUCUUGAAAGGGGCAGACCAGUACAAAGCUAAGAAGUUUGAAGAGGUGUCGGCGGCUCAGGUAGACGCGUCCUUUGGUCGAAGCCCAGACAGCCAGCUGUCCCUUAAACCAGGGAUCAAGAGCUCCUACGACUCUGGAGCCAUUUUCCUCGAUGCCUCUGACCAACCUGUCUGACUGACAACAACACAACAAUGUGAAGAAUGGACUUCUCUUUUUCUUUUUCUUUCCUUUGCUGCGAGAGAUCCUGGUUGUCAGGCCAGUGCAGUCAGUUUUCGUUUGGCGAGCUUUUGGAAUUUAUGUAAAAAAUGUCCUCGUGAUCUAUGCAAUUUCGCGGAGGAGGUUGAAGCCAGAAGGAAGGAAUUAUGGCCUGAUGUAUGGCUGACACGAAUAAUUGGAGUUUCCUGGUUAGCAUCACGCAGGCACAUAUCCUCCACAUUUAUAUAAAGCUUGGUUUUAAGUACAAUAUUUCUACUUGUAGGGCAUUAUACAGUAGGAAAAUGCUAUUUUAAUGUCAUCAGUUUAAUUUUACGGUUACAAUAAACAUCGACAUCAUGUCUGUCAGGCAAACUUAUUAAAGCUGAAUAAAUCCCCUAUUGAAUUAAAUAACAUUACAUAAACAAUAAUAGUGUUAAAUAACCAUAACAGCCCUGAGAAUAAAGUAUUUGACUACCGUUUUGGAAAAUUGUUGUGUCAUGUUCACACUCUCUCCACCCUUCCUCUAAAUAAAAACACUAAAUAGUGUCUCCAAAUAGUGUCUCCAAAUAGGGUAAAUACAUGG